AUGGGUUUCAAUACAGAGCUCACGCGCCGACUAGGGAUCCAGAUCCCCGUCGUUCAAGGUGGAAUGCAAUGGGUCGGAUAUGCCGAACUUGCUUCUGCCGUAUCCAAUGCAGGCGGCUUAGGCAUUCUUACCGCUCUCACACAACCCACACCUGAAGACCUGCGCAAAGAGAUCCGAAGAUGCAGGUCCAUGACCAAGAACCCCUUCGCCGUCAACAUCACCCUUUUACCAACUCUCAACCCUCCUCCAUAUCUUGAAUACACCCAGGUUGUUAUCGACGAAGGUAUCAAGGUAGUGGAAACUGCGGGCAACUCGCCUGGUCCGGUCAUCAAGAAGUUGAAAGAGGCGGGCAUCAUUGUCCUACACAAAUGCACCACAAUCCGCCACGCCCAAUCAGCCAUCAAGCUGGGUGUUGAUUUUCUGUCCAUUGACGGUUUCGAGUGCGCGGGUCAUGUCGGCGAGUCAGACAUCACCAACUUCAUCCUCCUGUCCCGAGCGCGGCAAUCACUUAAGGUUCCCUUCAUCGCGUCGGGCGGCUUUGCGGAUGGUCAGGGACUAGCCGCCGCUUUGGCCCUAGGCGCUGAAGGCAUCAACAUGGGCACCCGGUUCAUGUGCACCGUAGAGGCACCCAUCCACGCGAACAUCAAACAAGCAAUCGUUGACGCCUCGGAACAUGACACCCAGCUAGUGAUGAGACGAUGGACCAACACUUCCAGGCUGUUUAAGAACAAGAUUGCGUUGGAGGCCUACAAUGUGGAGAAGACCAGCCCUACCGGCAAAUUCGAGGAGAUAGCACCAUAUGUGUCUGGUCAGCGUGGUCGGCAGGUCUUCAUCAACGGAGACAAGGACUUUGGAGUAUGGACCGCCGGGCAAGUCAUCGGGUUGAUCCAUGAUGUUCCCACAUGUGCCGAGCUCCUUUCAAGGAUUGAGAAAGAGGCCAUUGAAUCUGUCGAAAGAUGCCGAAAAUUGUAUCAGCCGCAGAGCAAGCUAUGA